UUUAGAUAUCUUUGAUUAUUCUUUUAUCGGUGGAAACAUUUCUCCUCGAGGCCGAAGCGGCGAUGCUCGACCUCGAACGGAAGACGCCCAGCUAGAGAGUCAGAGAGCGCGGUGAGUGGCGAUGCAAGGUCACCUCCCUCACCACCACCAUCAUCACCACCUCCAACAACAGCUAGCCGCUCUACUCUCCGCCGCCCUUCCCCAGUCCUCCUCCUCCUCCUCCGCUGCCGCCCCCGGGGCCGUAAGCGAGGUCGCCGGUUCCUCACCUUCCUCGUCUCAGGCGACGCCUGAAGGGCAGAUCGAUAGAGCCGGUGACGAUUCACGGAUUGGUGCAAUUGAAUCCCUUCAGCGCAUCAUCCUUUAUCCUGCCAAUGGGAUCGUCAUCUCCCACUCAUCUCAUUUUCUUUCCCAGGGCUUGGGCCAACUUCUUUCUGACAAGUCUUUCACUGUGAGGCGAGCCGCUGCGAUUACCUAUGGAUCUCUUUGUUCUGUUCUGGUUUCAACUUCAGUUGGUUCAAAUAGUGUCCAAAAUCAUGGUCUGGCAUUGGCUGACAGAUUCAUGGCUUGGGCUCUCCCCCUUCUCGGUGACAACGGUGUUGCGAAUGGUUCUGAGCAAUUGGCAUUGGAGAGUCUCAAAGAGUUCCUUAAUGCUGGGGAUGCUAAUAGCAUUGAACCCUUUGUCCCGCUGAUCCUCAAAGCAUGUCAAGAGCUUCUUGAGGAUGAGAGGACCUCCCUUAGCUUACUCCAUAAGCUCCUUGGUCUUCUUACUUUGAUUUCUUUGAAAUUUGGGAACUGCUUCCAGCCACAUUUUGCUGACAUUGUUGACUUGCUUUUGGGGUGGGCUUUCAUGCCUGAUCUCUCUAAAUCUGGUAGAAUGAUAAUUAUGAAUAGUUUCUUGCAAUUCCAGAAGCACUGGCUGUGCAAUUUACCAUUUUCGCUAGGGUUGCUAUCAAAAUUUUUAGGCGACAUUGAAGUUCUUAUUCAGGAUAUCAGUACUGAAGUUGGCAGUCAGUUUGGGAGGUUGCUUGCUCUUUUUUCCUGUUUCUCAACAAUUCUACAAGUUAUAUCUUCAGCCAAGACAGAAAUUCACACACUUGAGGAGGUGAAAGAAACUUUGGAGAGCAUGGCUCCCCGAUUACUUAGGUGUAUGACAAUUUUUGGUAGGAAAUUUGGGUUGACAAAAUGGAUGGGAGAAUCUUGGAGAUGUUUGAUUCUUCUGGCAGAAAUUCUUGAAGAAAGGUUCUCUAACUCCUAUCCAAUCACUGUUGAUAUUUUUUUCCAAAGUUUGAUAAACAUUCCAUCCUUGCAGGUUAAUGCAUUGAUUAAGACUAAUUUGCAACUGUUAUCUAGACAAAAGUUGGCAUUAGUUCCUUCCUCUGUGAGGACUCUAUUAGGAUUUUUUUCCCCAUUUUCUCAGUUGCGCCUGCAUCCAAAUCACCUUGUAGUUGCAAGCUGUGCUUCAACUUACCUUUUUUUCCUUCAACAUGGGGCUGAUGCUGUUGUUAUUGAAGCUAUUACCUUAUUGAUUGAAGAGUUAGAGUUGUCAAAAAUUAUGCUUGGAAAAAUUAAAGGGUAUUUUGGUGAUACCAAUGAGCUUUUGUUGAAUUUUCUCCCAGACGACCAAGUGAAACUAGAAUUAGGUUCUAGCAAGGCCUAUUCGGAAACUGAAUUGAUUUCCUUAAUAAAGUUUGAUCUAAAUGCAUUGUUAAGCUCUGUUGCUCGUUGUUCUUCUGAGAUUUUGGAAGAUCAGGUUGUCAUCAACACACAUAGAUAUGAGCGAUCAAAGAAGCUAGCGUCUUUGGUUUUAGAGAAGCUCAAUCCUUUUGAAUCUCCCUUUGAAAGUUUCUCUGAGUUGCAAUUCCUUAUUAUUAAAAUAUUGAAAAAGUUAAGUGAGGCUGAGAUUUCAAGUAAAUUUACAAUUUUGCAAGCUUCUUCGGAGAAGGAAUCUAGUAAUUCUGAUGAAAAUUUUCAAAUAAGCCAUCAAGCAAAGAAGGAUGCUGUUACUGAAUAUAAAAAGAAAUAUACUAACUGCAUUGUUAGGGCACUUGGCAUUAAUUUGCCUCUUUCUGUGAAGCUGGAAGCCCUUGACUGGAUCAGCUCAUUUAGCUGGAUGGUUGCAACUAUGGAUAAGAAUUCAUGCAUAUUGUUAUCAAUAUAUGAUCCGUAUGCAAAUGAUAGUGUUGAUAGUGAUUUACUUGAUGUAAUUUUUGAUGCAGCAUAUGUGAGGGAAUCUAAGGUGAGAUCUCUUGUGGCAUCUGUCUUGGAAGUUCUUCUAUUGGCAAGGCUAAUUGAUCAUGCAUAUUUUCACGUUGUCUCAGAGCUUGUGCUGGAUAAACUUGGUGAUCCAGAUGUAUCUGUCAAAAAUGCAUUUGCCAGAAUACUUCCUGUUGUGCUACCUUUGACAAUAUAUUCGUGUGGUCUGAAUGGUAGAACUAGGUUUUAUGAUUUGCUAAUGAAUUCUACCAUCAAGAACUAUAACUUGGCUUGGAAGAGUGUAUUUGCCUUGAAGCAUUCUUCAAGAAAACUACAUUCGCAUCAAUUUGUCUCAAUUAUGAGUUACAUAUCACAGAGAUGGAAGGUGCCUCUAUCUUCUUGGAUCCAAAGAUUAAUAUUUAGUUGUGACUGUAAAAAAGAGCUACUUUCUAGUAAGGAGGAAAGAGACAGAGAGCCUCUUGAUGGUGACACAUGGAAUCACAGCAAGGCUGAAGAAUCUGUAUUUGAUAAAAUAUGCCCAGUCAAUAACAUAGCUGCUGUUUGGUGGGCAAUCCAUGAAGCUGCUAGACAUUGCGUUGCUCUUCGUCUACGAACUAACCUCGGUGGUCCCACCCAGACUUUUGCUGAUUUAGAGCGUAUGCUUUUAGACAUACCUAAUGUACUUUUGCUAGAUGCAGAACAAAGUGACAGCAAGUACAUAGCACAAUCCAAUGCUCACCUGCUAACAAUGCGUUUGCUUCUGGAUUUUGUUGAAGCUUUGAAGAAAAAUGUUUACAAUGCCUAUGAAGGUUCUUUCAUUUUUCCUCCAUGUACUCGGCAAAGUUCCAUAUUCUUCCGAGCAAAUAAGAAAGUUUGUGAGGAAUGGUUUUCCCGAAUAUGUGAACCUAUGAUGAAUUCUGGGCUGGCAUUGCAUUGCCAUGAUGCUACUAUCCAAUACUGCUUCUUGCGGUUGCAGGAUCUCAGAAAUUUAUCUGUGUCAGCCUUGUUGGAGAAACCUCGAGGGUCUUCACUAUCUGAAAGUGUUCAUAUCCGAAACAGAAUCACAGGAGAUGUCUUGAAGGUUGUCCGUUAUGCAUCAUUGGCCUUGUGUAGGAAUUAUGAACCAGAGGCUUUGAGUGGCCUCCAGAAAUGGGUUGCAGUACAAUUUUCUACCUUGUUUAAAGAAGACAAACAGAUUAUUCAAGGUGUAACUGGAACCUUUGGGUACUUAUCAUGGAUAACUGGACUCGUGUAUCAAUCUCAAGGUCAGUAUGAAAAGGCAGCUGCAUUUUUCUCUCACAUGCUUCAGUCUGAAGUUGCAUUAACUCUUUUAGGUUCUGAUGGUAUACAGUUUAUUAUUUCACGUGUAAUUGAGUGUUAUACAUCAGUCUCUGAUUGGAAUUCUCUAGAAAACUGGCUCACUGAAUUACAGUCACUUCGUGCUAUGCAUGCUGGGAAAGCUUAUUCUGGAGCCCUAACUACAGCUGGUAAUGAAGUUAAUGCUGUUCAUGCCUUGGCACGUUUUGAUCUUGGAGAUUUUCAAGCAGCUUGGUCCUAUCUAGAUUUGACACCGAAAAGUAGCUGUGAGAUUGCUCUUGAUCCUAAGAUUGCUUUAGAGAGGAGUGAACAGAUGCUUCUGAGAUCCAUGCUUAAAGGGGAUGGAUCAGUUCAUAAAUUCAAGGAAGAACUAGAAAAGGCAAAGUUGAUGCUGGAUGAAGCAUUGUCUGUUGUUCCUCUUGAUGGAUUGCCUCAGGCGGCAGCUUGUGCCAUCCAACUUCAUUGCAUCCAUGUUUUUGAAGAAGGUAUAAGAUCAAAUAGCCAAGAUCAUGAAAAAAAACUGCCAUCAGUUUUGGAGUCCUUUCAUCAAGUUCUUUCCUCUCCAAUCAGCAGAGUUUAUCAAGAUUGUGGUUUGUGGAUCAAAGUUUUUAGAAUUUACCGAACUCUGAUGCCAACUUCUUUAACUACACUGCUUCUCUGUCAGCAGCUGAUUGCUGUGGGUCGAAAGAAGAACAACUUUAUGUUAGCAGACCGCAUGAUUCAAUACCUUAAAGAUCAUAUUUGGAUGAGUUCUAAAGGGAUACAUACCGAUCUUGCUCUGACUAUGCAGUAUGAAGAUAUCUUACUCAAUUAUGCAAAAGACAAUCAUGAAAUGGCUAUGUUGGAUAUGUGUUCUUUGAUCAGCAGUGAUGCAUUGUCUGCCUCAGCGAUAUCUUCGGAAACAUGUAGGAUUCUAAGGGCCAAGGCAUGUUUGAAACUCUCAAAUUGGCUACGACAAGGUUCCCCUAAUCAUGAUUUCAAAAAUGUUCUGAAAAUACAUCAAUUACUGCUUACUAAUAGCGAAUGCACAUUAUUUAUGCGAACUGAUUUGACUGACAGUGGCAUAAACCCUGAGUGGGAUUAUAAUAAAGUUAUUGAUGAGUUAGUUGGUGCAACCAGAAAAAUGUCAUGUAAUAUCUGUCCCACUAUGGGUAAGGCCUGGCUCUCUUAUGCUUCUUGGUGUUUUCAACAAGCUGAGGGUUCCCCUCUGGUCAAUGAGACGGUUCUUCAAUCCUGUUCUUUGUCUCCUGUUCUUUGUCCAGAAAUUUCUCCAUAUAGAUGCAAAAUGACUGAAGUGGAAAUAUGCAAGGUAGAAGCUACAGUUAGGAGGUUUCUCAGUGAUAUUAAUACAUAUUCUGCUAAUGAUUUGGAUGAAGAAAGAUCAAACUUCUCUAAUCUCCAAGAAAAAGAAGCUCAUAUAAGUUCAUUGGUUGAGCAAGCCAUAUAUAUAAUGCAGGCUGCAGCUGGAGCACCUGGAUCUGAGUCAUAUAAUGCUGAAUGCCCUUCUGCUGCUGUAUCUUCUCGGCUGCAAGUGCUUUUUCUUGAUAAAAAUGGUGGGAUGAGGAAACAUGAUGCCUUGCCUUUGAUCAAUGAGUUGGUCAGCAUUUGGUGGUCUGUGAGGGAAAGGCAGACCUCAUUAUAUGGGCAUGCUGCACAUUGCUAUUUGAAGUACCUUUCAUAUUCUUCCAAAUAUUUAGCCUUUUCUCCUAACAAUGUUCUAAAUAACGAAAAGAAGAAGAGCUGCACCCUUAGGGCAAUGCUCUAUGUCCUUCACAUUGUUAUGAAUUACGGAUAUGAAUUAAGGGAGACUUUACCACAUGACCUUGCUAUAGUUCCUCUGUCUCCAUUGCAGGAAGUCAUUCCUCAACUCUUUGCUCGUUUAAGUUCUCAUCCGAAACAACAUGUUCGAAAGCAAUUGGAGGGACUUUUAAUGAUGCUAGCAAAGUCAUGUCCUUGGUCUAUAGUAUACCCCACACUAGUUGAUAUGAAUGCUAAUGAAGGACAACCACUGGAGGAGUUGCAACAGAUACACGACUGCUUGUUUAAGCUUUAUCCAAAAUUAGUUCAAGACGUUCAGCUAGUAAUAAAUGAGAUGGGGAUGAUAACUAUUUUGUGGGAGGAGCUUUGGUUGAGCACACUUCAGGAUCUUCAUACAGAUGUAAUACGGCGCAUCAAUACGUUAAAAGUGGAAGCAGCAAGAGUUGCUGAGAAUCCAACACUCAGUGAUGCUGAAAAGAACAAGAUAAAUGCAGCUAAAUACUCAGCUAUGAUGGCUCCAGUCGUUGUGGCACUAGAGCGCCGUUUGACAUCAACAUCUCGUGAACCAAGAACAUCUAACGAGCUUUGGUUCCGCCAAGAGUACUUUGAGCAACUGAAAUCAGCCACAUUAAAUUUCAAAACUCCCCCUAAAUCUUCAACAGCUCUAGGUGAUGUUUGGCGACCUUUUGAUACUAUCGCCACAUCUUUAGCAACUCAUCAUCGGAAAUCAUGUGUAUCUUUAAUUGAUGUGGCUCCGUGUCUGGCAUCUCUUAUGUCUUCUGAUGUUCCAAUGCCUGGUUUUGAGAAGCAAAUAUCAAUGUUUGAUACCUCAGGAAGCUCUACAAUUGACAAUGCAGGAAUUAUUACAAUUUGUUCCUUUGGUGAACAGGUAACAAUUUUAUCAACCAAAACAAAACCUAAGAAGCUGAUUUUAAAAGGUUCAGAUGGUCAAAUGUACACUUAUCUUCUUAAAGGGCGUGAGGAUCUACGUCUGGAUGCCCGAAUCAUGCAGUUAUUACAGGCGAUUAAUAAUUGUUUGUCAUCCUGUGAUGAUACUCGUGGUCGUGAACUCACUAUUCGUUAUUACUCUGUAACUCCUAUUAGUGGCCGUGCAGGAUUAAUCCAGUGGAUAGAUAAUAUAACCAGCAUAUAUAGUGUUUACAAGACAUGGCAGAUAAACACUCAGAUGACUCAGAUUUCUGCAGCUGAUGCUGUCAAUGUAAGCAAUUUACCGGCUGUUCCUCGCCCUAGUGAUAUGUUCUAUGGAAAAAUUAUACCUGCACUCAAAGAAAAAGGAAUAAGAAGAGUAAUCUCACGAAGGGAUUGGCCUCUUGAAGUGAAAAGAAAGGUCUUUUUGGAGCUUACAAAAGAGACUCCAAAACAACUAUUAUGGCAGGAAUUAUGGUGUGCCAGUGAGGGUUUCAAAGCAUUUAGUACAAAGGCUAAAAGGUUCUCUGGAAGCAUUGCAGCCAUGAGUAUAGUUGGCUACAUUCUAGGUCUUGGGGAUAGACAUUUGGAUAAUGUUCUUAUGGACUUUUCCAGUGGAGAAAUUGUCCAUAUAGAUUAUAAUGUAUGUUUCGACAAGGGGAGGAGGUUAAAGGUUCCUGAGAUUGUCCCUUUUCGCCUUACUCAGAUAAUUGAAACUGCUUUAGGGUUGACUGGCACAGAAGGUGCCUUCAGGUCUAACUGUGAGGCUGUCCUGAAGGUUCUCCAGAAGAACAAAGAUAUAAUACUAAUGUUACUGGAAGUUUUUAUUUGGGACCCAUUGGUAGAGUGGACACGGGGAGAUAUCCAUGAUGAAGCUGCAAUAGGUGGUGAAGAAAAAAAGGGAAUGGAGAUGGCUGUCAGCCUUAGUCUGUUUGCCUCAAGGGUUCAAGAGAUGCGUGUUCCUCUGCAGGAGCAUCAUGAUCAUAUGGUGGCUACUUUACCAUUUGUUGAAUCAGCUCUGAAGGCAUUCUUGGACUCAUUAAAUCAAUAUGAAGUAAUAUCUACCGUCUUUUAUCAUGCUGACAAAGAGAGAAAGAGUCUCAUGCAGCGUGAGGCAUCUACAAAGUUAGUGGUCACUGAAGCCACUUCUAUAUGUGAAAAAUCCAGGACAACUUUUGAAGUCCAGGCCCAUGAAUUUGCUCAAGCAAAAGCUAUGGCUGCUGAGAAAGCCCAAGAGGCAUCUCUCUGGAUUGAUCAGCAUGGAGGGGUGCUUGAUGCUCUCGGAAGUGGCACGAUUCCAGAUGCAAACAGUCUAUUAAUGGUACGUGGCACAGAAGAGUCAUUAUCUCUUGUUUCUGCUGUUGUCAUCUCUGGAGUUCCACUAACAAUUGUUCCAGAGCCAACACAAGCACAAUGUUUUGAUUUGGAUAAGGAAGUUUCCCAUCUAAUCGAUGAGUUAGACAGUGGACUUUCUUGUGCAAUUGAAGCGCUAAAUGAGUAUGCAUUGGCAUUGAAGAAAGUUCUCCCUCUUAGCUACAUUGCAAGCAGCCCAGUGCAUGGUUGGGCACAAGUGCUGCAGUUGUCAGUAAACAGCCUGUCAUCUGAAGCCCUUUUACUUUCUAAUAAUCACGCGGCUGAGCUUAUUGCCAAGAGCAAAGGGGAAGGGUUUGAUUCUGUUAGACAGCAGCAUCAAGAACUCCUUCAUAAAGUGGAAAUAUAUGCUAUAGAGAUAGAAAAAAAUGCUGCUGAGCGUUCAGUACUCAUGGAAUCAAUUGGGGCAGAUACUGCAGCAAAUUCAAAGGAGCGCCUUCUGUCGUCCUUCACAAAGUUUAUGCAGGCUGUCAGUUUCCAAAGGAAUGAAGAUGAUAAGUUCAAAACUCUUCCAGGACAAAGCAAAUGUGAUGGAUCAAAAGUUGCUAAAUCUCAGGAGGAUCUUGAUGAGAAGAAAAUGAAGGCAUUUUCUGUUCUAUGUGUGGCUGUGAUUGAUUUAUAUAAGGAUAUCAAAACAAAUAUGACUUAUUUCUCUGAUAGAUUCACUGAAAGGAGAACUGCAGAAAUUGGUUCACAAGCUGACACUGGAACUGCUUUUAUCAGAUUCGAGGAGCAGAUUGAGAAAAGCGUACUGGUAGCAGGCUUUGUUAGUGAAGUUCAAGAACUCAUUCAAAUUGUUUUACCAUUUACUGAUAUUACCGUGGAAAACACAACUGUAGCAUUUUCACAAAACUGGGCUUCUAUUUUUCAGGCCUGUGUGCGAUCAAGUAAUCAGUUGCUUGAACAAAUUACCGGAACUCUUCUUCCAGAGAUUAUUAGAUCUGCUGUCACCUACAAUUCAGAAACAAUGGAGGCUUUUGGAUUACUUUCUCAGAUCCGUGGUUCCAUUGAUACAUCACUAGAGAAGCUUCUUGAGGUUGAACUGGAGAGGGCAUCCUUGUUGGAGCUAGAAAAGAGUUAUUUUAUGAAGGUUGGACUAAUUACAGAGCAGCAGUUAGCUCUUGGAGAGGCAGCUCUAAGUGGGCGUGAUAAUUUGUCCUGGGAAGAAGCUGAAGAGAUAGCCUCUCAGGAAGAAGCUUGUAGGUCACAGUUAGACCAACUUCAUCAAAGUUGGAACCAAAAAGAUACACAGAGUUCCUCUCUUAAAAGGCGGGAAGUCAAUAUUAUAAAUUCCUUGAGUUCUUCCCAGCAGUACUUUACAUCUUUGAUGAACACUGAAGAGGAAGGUUAUCUGCAUGCUAGAAGAAGCAAAGCUCUUUUGGCUGCACUUGAAAAGCCCUUUGCUGAGCUUGAAUCAGUCAAUCAUGAUCUGGUUUCACAUGGUACAAUUCCCAUAAAUUCAGAUGGUUCCACCUACAAGCUAACUGAUUCUGUGACAUCUGGCUCGGCAAUAUCUGAAUCGGUGUGGGAUUUUACAUUCUUGUUGAGGGAUCAUGCUUUUUUUAUUUGGAAAAUUAGUAUUAUGGACUCAAUUCUGGACAUGUGCUUUCAUGAGAUUUCAUCUUCACUCGACAGUAAUGUUGGUUUUGAUCAACUUUAUAAAUCUCUAAAAAAGAAGCUAGAGAUUCAUUUGCAGGAUCGUAUUUAUCGUUAUCUAAUUGGAAGAGUUGCACCUGCUUUUGUGACAGAAUUAACUAAACAGACUGAACAUUUGCAGCACAUGGUGGAAGCAAGAAGAGAAUUUGUGUUUGAUCAAGCAAAGAAAGAUUCAGGAUCUGUAAGAAAAAUUAGCCUCAUGCUCGAGCAAUACUGCGACGCACAUGAGACUACUAGGGCUGCCCAGUCAGCAGUUUCUCUCAUGACAAGACAGGAGAAUGAGCUAACUGAGGCUCUUGCAGAGACUGUUCUUGAAAUUGUACAAAUGGAAUGGCUUCAUGAUUUGUCAUCACCAUAUCUAUUGAAAACCAAGGUUUCUUCUGAAAAGUUUCUUGGUGCUGAUAAAUUGUAUCCAUUAGUUUUAGAUAUUAACCGGCCAAAAUUAUUGGAAAAGCUACAGUCUUCUAUGUCCUUAGUAGCACGAUCAGUAGAAUGCUUACAAGCUUGUGAAAGGACAUCAGCAUCUGCUGAAGGGCAGCUGGAGAGAGCCAUGGCAUGGGCUUGUGCUGGUUCAACAGCUGUUGGAACUGGCUCUACGUCCAAGAUUUCAGGAAUUCCUGCAGAGUUCCAUGAUCAUCUAAUACGCAGAAGACAAUUGCUUUGGGCGGUUCAAGAACAGGCAAGUGAUAUUAUAAAGAUCUGCAAUUCUGUGAUGGAGUUUGAAGCAUCAAGAGAUGGACUUUUCUGGAUACCCGGUGAAAAAACUUCUGGGCGGACAACUGCAGAUGGAAGGACCUGGCAGCAAGCUUACUUGAAUACGCUGACCAGAUUAGAUGUUUGUUACCAUUCUUUUAACUGUGCCGAACAAGAAUGGAAGAUGGCUGAAAGUAACAUGGAAGCUUCUGCUAAUGCCUUGUUUGCUGCAACCAGUGAGCUCCACAUUACCUCUGUAAAGGCAAAUUCUGCUUCAGAUGACCUGCAUAAGAUUGUUGCUGUUAUGAUUGAGCACGCAAUUGGGGCAAAUGCAGCUUUAUCUUCGUUUAUCCAUAUUUCCAGAAGCCAUACUGCUUUGACAUCUGAAUGUGGUUCCAUGUUGGAGGAGGUCUUGGCUAUUACUGAAGGUUUGGAGGAUGUUUAUAUCUUGGGGAAGGAGGCGGCUACAGCACACGGUGCUCUUAUGGCAGAUCUUUCUAAGGCACACUCAAUCAUUUUUCCUCUUGAAGCUUCACUUUCAGCUGAUUUGGCUGCUGUGGCUGAUACAUCAUUCAAAGAUAAGGAAAAUAAUAAAGAGAUAUCUCUUGUUCGUGGGCAAUCACUGUACCAAACUUAUAUUUUCAGACUUCGUGAAGCUUAUCAAUCUUUGGCUCCUUUGGUUCUUUCAUUAACCAACUAUGUAAAGGAGCUUCAUUCCACACUAACCAAACUUGCACGUGUUUCCAAUCUUCAUGCAGGAAAUCUUCAUCAAGCUCUUGAAGGUCUUGGAGAGAGUCAAAUCUCAAGAUCUCAAAAUCUUGCUAUAUCUGGUUCUGAACCCUCAAAUAAUGUGAUUUUAUUAAAUGAGAGUGGAGGGUUUCUUGAGAGUAGUGGAGAAAUUGUUGAGAACUUAGUUACAAAUGUCGGAUUCCUCCAUGAUGAAGGAUGGAUAUCUGCGCCAGAUCACACAUACACCAGUAGCGAAGGCUCCACUAUCAUCUUAAGUGGAAGUAGCACCUUUGAGAAGUCAGACCAUGUGGAACAGUGCUUUGGUAGCAAUACUACUGGAGAGGAUACCAGCAUUAGUAUCUCUGAUAAAAUUACUGAGGGAUUUGAAACCAUAUCUGUUGAUUCUGAGAAUCAACAGUCUAAAUAUAUAUCACAGGAUGUUGCCAUUGGUUUGUCUUCAAUAGCACCAUCAGACCUAGGUGAAAGCAUACAAACCCUGUCUUUAUCUACUAAAACAGUACUUGAGAACUUGCGAAUUUCAUCUGAGAUAGGGAAGGGAAAAUCUGAAGUAGUGAAAGAUUUGAUGGGUGAUAAUGAAGAUUACUCCAAGCUGGUCGAUGAACGAGGUGAAAUUCUUGUUGAUUCUUCAUGCCCUGAUGUUGCAAACCAGAAAACAAGGGGUAAGAACGCUUAUGCUCUGACAGUCUUGAAGCAAGUUGAAUUAAAAAUAGAUGGAAGGAGUAUUGAUGACAGGUCUUCAGAAGUUUCAGAACAAGUAGAUUACCUUAUUAAGCAAGCAACAAGCAUUGACAACUUGUGUAACAUGUAUGAAGGUUGGACACCAUGGAUAUGAUCAUCUGAGCAUGUUAUUUGAUUAUAUACUAAGAGUCGUCUUCCUGUAAUAGCAAGGAGAAAAGGCCAAUAAACUGAAGAGCAUAAUUUUCUGCUAACUUUCUGGUCAGCUAAGGGGCUAUUCAAUUUCAAGGUUCCAUGCUUAAAUGGCCAAGCAAUUGGGAUUCAACCAUCGCCCUUUCAAGGUUCCAUGCUGAAACUAAGAGGUACCACGUCACAACCUUUCAGUGUGCCAUUUAAAAUGCAAUAUGCAAACGCACAAAAAAGGUUCCUACAAGUUGCUGAAUCCCAAGUACCCUUAUCCGAUGAACCUGCUAUGAAAACUGAUAAGCUUCAACUCUCUUGGAGGGACCUCUCUACUGCAUUAUGUGAUGCCUGUGUUCGUGCUGUGGUCUCCACUGGUUAUCUAGAGCUGAGUCCUAGCACGGAUGGUUGAAUUAGCAGUGCUGUAAAAGAAAGUUCUUGUCGCAUUUUCAAAGAAGUUUCAACCCAGCUAGAUGCAGCAAACCGUGAAAACUGAAUCUUUUCAGUUUGAUGAAGUUAAAUCAGGCAUGACGGGUUACAUUCAACCGUCUUUGCUUGUGUCUUGAACUGAGGCUGCUGUUUUCCAAAUUUGGUGUCUGUUUCAGUUCUCAGUUUGGAGUGGGUGAUUAAGCAUACCGAUGAGCAUCCAUGUUAAACAAUUAAAAGGAUAAAUUUAUGUAGUUGUCAUGAUAGGAAUUGGAUUGUCUAGUUUCAAAUAAUGUUUGUCAAUUGCGAUAUCACCAAAUUUUGAACCUAUGUUCAUGUAUCGAAUGCCGAAUUCAAGAAAAGUAUGUCUCUCUCAUGAAGAUACCUCAUUAAUCAAUUGCUUAUUCU